AUGGAUGGAGUAGCUUCGUCUUCGUUGAGCAGAGGCGGAGGUGGCAACAAUGCUAUGAGAAGCAAGAAGGACUCCUGGGAUGAAGAAGAGGAUAAACUACUAAUUGAAGCUCACAAGCAAGUUGGAAACAAGUGGGCUGAAAUUGCAAGGAGGCUCCCCGGCCGCACUGAGAACACAAUUAAGAACCACUGGAACGCUGCUAAGCGAAAGAAGAGUAGCAAGAGACAACCCAGGAAGAAGAAGAACCAGACUUACUUUGGGGAAUCAUUGCUUGAGCGCUACGUCAAAGAGGUCACUGCAGCUGAUGCGGCAAAAAAGCAGCUAAAGAAAUCCAUGAAACAGUUGAAAAUAAAGAAUGAGGAUUACAACCUGCAGCAGAAUGCAUGCAUCACUGGGUAUGGUGGCAAUAUACCAGUGAAGUUUAGUUCUAAUGAAAUUGGGAAUGGUUCUGUUCUGAUUGAUGGCACAGAUAACUAUGUUCCAAUGGAGCUUGAUAUGAUUGGAAUUGAGGCCUACAUGAACUAG